AUGAGGCGAACCAUACACCCCAAAGAUUCCCCACUCUGCAGGGGUAUACUGGAGCAACCUAUGGAGAAAGUGAAGAUGCCGACGUGCAAAUACAACGGAACCACAGACCCCGAAAAUCACUCCACCGCUUUCGAACAACACAUGAUGCUGUAUUCUGACUCAGAUGCCAUGUGGUGCAAAGUGUUCCAAACCACAUUAUCAGGGGUGGCAGCCGAUUGGUAUAAAAAGUUACCGGCCGGAUCGAUAUUCAGUUUUCGGCAGAUACAAGAAGACUUUGUGAGGCGAUUCAUUAGCAAGGUUGAACGAAAGAAAACAUCUGGAGAGCUGAUGUCAAUCUCGCAAAGGCCGAAAGAAUCGCUGAGAAAGUACCUUACUCGGUUUAACAACGAAUCCAUCACAAUACCAGAUUUACAGCAAGAAAUAGCCGUCUUGGCUCUGUUGAGAGGGAUGCAAGAAUGCGAGUUCAAAAGAUACCUGGGAAGAAAAUCAUUUACCUCGCUGGGGGAGGCCUUGAGAAAAGCAAACGAGUAUAUUAGGAGUGAUGAGCUGAUGCUAAUAUCACCCAUGGGGGGAAAUCAGGCAGUACAAUCGGCCAAGAAGGAUCAUGUUCCCAUACAGCAACACAAUUACCGGAAAGAUAACGGUAGAAAGGAGGGCCAUCAGCAGAGAGGGGGAUAUCCGAAUAGACAACAGCCGGUAGGGGCUUAUCAGGUGUACACUCCCCUGAACACCGCCAGAGCCACGAUCUACGCAGUAAAUAAAUCGGCAGCGUGGAGAAAACCGUUACCGAUGGAUGCCCCAGGUAACAAUAAGAACUUUUGUGCUUUUCAUAAUGAUCAUGGUCAUUACACGGAGCAUUGUAAAGAGCUCAAGGAUAACAUCGAAGAGCUGGUAAGAAGGGGAUACCUAUCCCAGUACAGGGUUCGACAGGAAGGCCAGGGAGGAAAUAAUAGACAGGGCAGUUCGCAUAGUCAUGCCCCAUAUACACCUACUCAGCCAGGGUAUGCACAACCCACUGGUAGGAUUGAGCAGGCACCACCAUCCCGGCAAGAAAUCCGGUCAUUACCGGAAACAGGCCAAGAUGGGGCCGAUAGGGGAAAGAGACCCACGGUUUGGGUGAUCUCUGGAGGGCCCGUGCAUGGAGGUACAGUCAGCGGGGCGAUAAGAAAUCUAGAGGAGCACAGGCACUUGGUGAGUUACCAUAGCGCAAGGAAAUGGCCGGAACCAAUCCCCCUACCGGUCAUCACAUUCACCUCGGACGAUUGUCGCGGCAUUAUAUAUCCCCAUGAUGACCCGCUGUUAUUGGAACUCGAGAUAGCAAACUUCCCCGUCAAGAGAUGCCUGAUUGAUGGAGGCAGCUCUGCGAACAUCAUAUUUUGGGAAGCUUUCACCCAGCUGAACAUAGAUCACGGAGAGUUAGCAAGGGUGAGCUAUCCCGUUAUCGGAUUCUCUGGGGCCAGCGUCUACCCAGAGGGCAGUAUCCGUUUACCGGUUCAAGUGGGUAGAGGACUAUCAGCCAGGGACUUAAUGGUCGACUUUUUGGUGAUAAAAGUACCAGCAGCGUAUAACGUAAUAAUUGGUCGACCAUUCAUUCAUGACGCACAGGCGGUGGUGUCCACGUAUCAUUUGACCAUGAUAUAUCUCUCAAAUCUGGAAAGAACAGAAAGGGUACAUGGCAGUCAGGAGACUGCCAGAUCGUGUUAUCUGACAGCGAUAAAGGCACCAGGAAGGAUGGUGCCGAAAACCAACCUUGCCCGAGAAGCAAACAUGCCAACCAAAAGAAAGAUAGGGGAUCUGAGCAUGGAAAAUUUUGAUGAAAGGCCGGUUUGCGUCCCAAGGCCGGCUGCAGAUGGAGAAACUCGGGAAAUUGAAUUGGUAGAAGGAGUUCCAGAAAGAACGGUACGAAUAGGUGCCGAUAUGGAGGCAGAUCAGCAGGUCAAUCUUAUCGGCCUGUUACGAGAAAAUGCAGACGUCUUUGCCUUCUCUGCAGAUGAAAUGCCCGGUAUCAGCCCAGACAUCAUAGUGCAUCGUCUGAAUGUAGACAAGUCAGUCAGGCCGGUAAAGCAAAAGAAGAGAAAUUUCUCCAAUGAAAAAAAUGCUGCAAUAAAAGAAGAAGUGGAAAAACUGCUGGAAGCAGGGUUCAUAGAAGUUUGUGACUACCCUGAAUGGUUGGCCAACGUAGUCAUGGUAAAAAAGUCAAAUGGCAGUUGGCGAAUGUGCGUAGAUUUUACCAAUCUGAAUGGGGCGUGCCCCAAGGACUGCUAUCCAUUGCCACGAAUCGAUAGACUGGUAGAUUCAACAAGUGGCCACGCUCUUUUGAGUUUCCUGGAUGCCUUCUCAGGGUAUCACCAAGUCAGCUUGUGUAAAGCCGAUAGAAAGAAGGCCGUCUUCAUCACAGAUUCAGGGGUAUACAACUAUAAGGCUAUGCCAUUUGGGCUGAAGAAUGCAGGAGCAACCUACCAGAAGUUGGUGGAUAGGGUAUUUGCUUCUCAGAAAGGGAGGAACAUAGAGGUAUAUGUGGAUGACUCAAUAGUUAAAAGCCGAUUGGCCAGCGACCACAUCGACGACUUGAGAGAAACUUUCGAAACUCUGAGGAGGUUCAGGAUGAAGUUAAACCCCAAGAAAUUUGUAUUCGGGGUCCGAUAA